GUCCGCCAGUCUGACAGCUUUGACAAGCAAUGCAAAGAAACCAAAACCAAGCAAAAAAAAAACAAUUAGACGAUUUGGAGUGCUGCAAGGUCCUGAAAUUUUGCAACAAUUUUGGGCAUUUGUUGCAGUUUACCAAAUCCCAUAGCAGGACUGGUGUAUCGUGCGUUUGUUAAGUGCAUCAAGGUGAAGAAAGUGUUUCAGAUAGCUCCAGGGAGAAUCUCCUGCGUGCAAACGCACCAUCACAACAGCCACACUGUUGUUGCAAAAAUUGGACACGAAAAAAAAAUCACAAAUGGAGUAGAAAAGAUCCGGACAAAACAAGACUCGCUCCAUUCGUGCCGCCAGCCAGUCACAAUAGUACCGUGUUGCAACUGCAAACCUUCCUCCGACAAGCGGGCUGUGAUAGGCAGUGCGUGCCAUAGAGUAUCCCCGACCAGCAGGAGCCAAUUUCGUUUACAUUACGAAUGUGGUCCUUCAAGGCUUCAAGCGCUGAGAUGCUGCUUGAAUUAAUAACGAGCAGCUAGAAGCUUUCUUUUAUUACAUUCAAACUCAUCGAUCUCACUCGUUUCAACUCGUCUACGCCUGGGAUCCUGGGUGACGGAAACGUCCAAUUCCGUUCAUCCUGAAGCAGCUGCCAAGCAUCCAAGCCCGUGAUUGCUUUGAGCUGGUUAUUCCCGACGUUAAUCGGGGGCCGUGAACGGGAGAUAUACACAUCUCAGAAUGAUAGAUGAAAUCGUAGAUCGUAUUGUUCAGUUCUUUUCCACUGGACUGGUGGAAAAAAUCAUUAAAGCUUUUCUAGUUCUAUGCGAUCGGUUCGUGAACUUCAUUUUGUCCCUGUGUGAGGGUAACAAUUACAAGAAGAAGGACGAAACGGUUGAUGUGCUCUAUACCAGCGGCAACUUCUUGGUGAUUAACAAAAAGCAUGAUUUACUGAUUAAUUCAAAUGACACUAAAAAGAAAACUGUUCAGACGAUCAUGCGAAAACAGUUUCCCGAGUACGUACAGGAUAACUUAACACAUGAUUUCUAUUUUGCCCAUCGGUUGGACUUUGCCACCAGUGGAAUACUGUGCAUUCCGCUGAACAAAAACGCUUGCAAAGAGGUUUGUCAAGUGUUUGAGGAGCAACGGGCCAGAAAAUACUAUUUAGCUUUACUCCGCGGGCAUACCGAUUUUGAUGAGGAAGUGAUUGACAUAGCAAUAGGCGAAGAUGUGCGAUUCAAGGAUACGAGCAAAAAAAUGUGUACAAUCCUCGAGGAUGAACUAUGCCAAAAUCCACGCCGCAGUAUAACGAAGGUACUGGUGCUAGAUAGAGGCUACUACAAUGGGAAGCCCGUCACCAAAGUGCUUUUACGGCCAAUCACUGGUCGACGGCAUCAGCUGCGACUGCACUGCUCGCAGAUCGGUCACGUGAUCGUGGGAGACUACACGUACAGUCUGAAAAUCGACACAUCACCCCCGCGGAUGUUUCUGCACGCGUUUCGUCUCGUGCUGCCGAAUACGAUCGAAAACCUAGACAUCCAGACGGACGAUCCGUUCACGGAGAAAGCGCUCAAGUACAAAUGGAAGGUGGUUGAGCAGGUAAACAGCAUUGCGAACGCGUUCGACAUCAUCGACUCAUUUUAACAUUUGUGGGAACCAUGUAGAAUAUACUUUUGUAGGUCACGUUCGUUCACGUUUAGGUUGGACCAUUUCCGGCGCCGGUUAAAUGUAAAUAUUCGAUCCUUUUCUCGAAUUUAUUCGCUCUAGACCAAAUGUUGAUCCAGGUUUCCUUUUCUGUUCUGAGCCAAUAAUACUCAAUUUUUUAUUACGCUCGUGUCAUACGGGGGGAAAGUGAGGAGCAGCUUUCGGGAACCGUUUACGUUCUCGGCGCAAUCGUUAAUCUAGAAGCAAAGUUAAAUAUUUUUUCACAAGCGCGUAGACGAUUCGAUUCCACAUAGUACGUUCAUUUUCAUGCUACACUUCACGGUACUGUAAUGUGAUGAUGUAUAAUUACUAUUAGAAAGGUUCGAAUGAAUUUUGAUUGCAGUCUAGAAAGCCCAAACGUACAUACCCUUACGGUAGCUCGUUAUGUAUUGUGAUGGGAUGGAAGAUGUCUGGUAAAUUAUAACAGAACGCAAUGAACACAUACGUUCGACUACAUAUGGGAAAGGAAAAGAUUUAUGCUAGUCAACACAAACCAAAACACACGCUAGUCUAGAACAAGUAAUUGAGCAAAGAGUAAAGAGAUCAUAACUCAUAGAUAUAGAAAUUUUCUUUAGCUUCCUUCUCAGGCGAACUGAGUGGACCGUAACCGAGAGAAGACUGUAGUCUAGCAAACACAAAAAAACACAUCCACUUUCUGUUACCUUAAUUGGCCAAGAGCAUCCAAUCAAUCGCUCUAGUAGGAAGACAUGCCGAUAGAGAGAUCCCUAAAAUUUCUUGGCCGCUUGAAUUCACCAGAAGAGUAGUAUUAUUCUAGGUGUACUACAGCGGUUUUUUUACUUAUUUUUCCCACAUUUUCAGUGCAUAGUUUAAACAGGAUAUAAAAUCCUCCUAGCAGAAAACAUUUGAAUGUUUUGUUCAAUAUCACGAAUCUAAUACCGUUUAUGCAAUAGAAGAAGUUAGAUAGCGAUUUACUAUUGAAAUGAUGUCGUAUAUUCUUGCCAGUACACGAAGUUACGUACUUUGCAAUACAUAAUAGGCAAAUAAUAAAAAAGCAAGUAAAUAGAAGCGAUAAAAACGAUGAUCACACAAAAAACAUACAUUAAACAGCCAAACGAUAGCAGCGCGUCAAAAUCCUUCAUCUUACAAUACGAUUUAGUAAGGUGCAAAAACUGUGCUUCUAGCUAGGCCAUAACGAGACGAGCAUUCCACUUACAACUACUAUAAGCACGUUUGACAAAUAUUUCCCCGCUGUGCAAUACAAUUAUGUGAAAUUAUGUGUUCUUCAGUGAUCUCAAGUGAUUUAGCUUAGGAAAGAUUUACUUUAAUUGAGUGCUAUGGAGCGUUUGAUCUCAAUAGUUAUUGUUUACGAAUGUUGGCAACGUACAUACAUAUGCUAAAUGUUAAUUAAUUUGCAUGUUUCUUUCAUUAUGAUUAGUCAGAACGAAGUCACCUGCAAGCUAUUUAGGAAACGCACAAGUUUACUGUAAUAUUUGCAAUGUUGCGCACCUUCUUAUUAACACGCUGUGUUUCUUUGUUUCUUUGUUACUUAUUUUCGCUAAUGCACCUGUUAUUGCAAUAGCGAAAAAACGAAGACAUUGUACAGGGUUAGUGAGAUGCAAGUAAUGUUGAAAAGCUUUCUGAACAAAAAAAAGGCAAACCAAUUUUUCAUUCUUAAUAGUAUAGUUACAGGCGCGCGUCCGCAAGAAGAAGGAAUAGUCUAUUGAGCCUCAGAGCAAGACGAAAAAUCGAAAAAAUAUCAAGAAAAAUAGCCAUACCACAAACACUAUUCGUCACGUACUUCACAAUUUUGUACCUUAAUCUCAAUUAAACUUCGCGGAUAUUGCACCCCCCCCCUCUGUCCCUUAGUACCCCUGAAGCUCAUGGGCCCGAAACAUAAGACAUGCUAGGCAAAACGUAGAGGCAGAACACGAAACAACCACUAACAAUCCCCCCUCCGCAGAUCAAUGAAAUCUAGUUCAGCUUUGUUAAAAAUUCUCUUACUAACUACCGAAAUGAUGGGGCGAAAUGAUGGACAGAAUUUUCCAAUCUUACCUUAAAACAUACAUUCGUACGAUGUGUACGUGAAAGCGGUAACAAAGUUCUUUGCGUAAUAUGCGAAAGAAGAUGAAAAAUCAGAUCGAAUACUAUCGAGAGAGCGAGCAGUACUAUAUAUUGCAGUGUAUUUUGCUUCAACGUUACAUUAGAUCGUGCUAGGUCACCGUAGGAUCUAUACUGGGGUACCAUCUCUCGAGACUUGCUAUUUGAUUGAUUGAUUUUAUACAUUAUCCGCAUAUACCUUAGUAUGAGUGUUUUCAUUGGAAAACAUUUAGUAUGGCCCAGCCCAGAAUCUUGAAGUGCGUACGUUAAAACAAAUAAGUAGAGAUGCAAACAUAACAGCUAAGAGGAUCGGAAAGAUGUCAAAAUGAUAAGAACAAUCAAAUUGGAGCACUCGCAGUCAGAGGUGCGCCACCACCAAACCGUACACGAAAUGGAAUCGAACGGGCAGAUCUUCUAGAUUCGAAUCUUAAAUGGUUAUAAAAAAAAAUAUUUCUGGGAUUUAUGCUUCUACGGUAGAAGAUACGCUUCUCCGCAGGACGACGAACGAGGUAGUACAUAUGUACUACCGAGCAGGCGGAGGAUCCAGUUUGUGAUAUCCCUUUGACUUUAGUGGUGACCGGAGCAGCAUUGUUCGCAUUGUUUUUCCAUCACUGCCAUGUUACACUUAAUAAACAAAAAAAAUAAUUACACCUCCGGAGGUAACAAUGAAAACACAGAAGUCUAAAACUAACGAACGUAAUCGAAUAUCCUUGUUUUAUCAAAUCAAUGCAAACUCAGGAAGCAGUCAGCAGCGAAGACAGUCUGUUACCUAGGUCUAUACGAUCCAUUACCGUACGCUCUCACCACACCAGCACAUAACGUUUGCUCCACUGGCUAUCGAUUGUACAAAGAAUGCAAAAGGUGGUGUACUCAACGGCGAGAGACGACUAGGAAUGAAAUCGGUCUGCAAGAGUGUAUGUAAAACACCAGUACAUGGUGGGGUAGACCGCAUGAGGGAGCAUUAAAAUAUCCACACAUGAUCGUUGUGAGAAGCCAAUAGGACUCGUGAACCCGGUACAAUCUAGUGAAUUAAGAGCACAUAUGCGAGAUAUAAACAAAAAUGCAGCAUCGGUAGCGCUAACAAAUAAUUGUAUUUCAUUUCCCACAAAGUGUCCAAUCUUUGACAAACCGAUGAAAAAUGUUGUAUAAAAGCGGGAAAAUGAAGAACCAAACAUAUAGACCGGCCGAAACGAGCUCAGUAUACUAACAACAACAACAGCAACAACACACGUACACAUUCUCACACGAAGCAAGCAAAUCUUUGCGCAGAUAGAAUUUGUUCGACUGUUUUCGUUCUUUAAUUGUUGACUAGUAAGAAAUUUCAGAACCUAUUAGAAAUGAAACAAUCUUCACACAUACACACACGCUAAAAUCGAUUGCAAACUCAUUAUAGGAAAUUUGGCAGCCAUUUAGAUGGAAACAAAUAGGAGCUCAAACACGCUCGCUCGAACCGUGUGGUAAGCAGUUAAGGUGUAAGUAAAUGCGAGUAUAUAUAGUAAAACCCGAAAGAACCAACAACUAAAAUCGAAUCCAGAUUUUUUCUUAAACAUACGUCGAGGAAAAAAAUCAAGCCAGACGAAUAGGAAGAAAGACAACCGUUUAUGUACGUACAUUAAAUAAUUUCUUUUGAAAAGAAAUAAAAACGCUUUUUGAAAUCGAUCUAAAUACAAUUAGUUUCAAUAUGUAGUGUUAUUUAAUUUUGCGUGUUAGAAGAAGAGGACGAUAAAGUAAAACAGUCGUUCUUUUGUCGCACUAGAAAAACAAACGUAAAAACCAUACUCAAAACAUACACGAAUAGUUUAUGUAACGGUUUUACUACUUUUAAAUUGACAUUUGAUUCAAGGUAAUACAAUGCAGGUGUGCCAUCGUUCGGAAAGGUCAAUCGAUUCUUCCGGGUUGCUCGAACUACCGGGCCCCGAGUAAACGAUCGUCAAUCAUUUUUUCCGUGCUGUCUUCGAAUCUACGAGUUUGCAGCCCAGCUUCGCGAAAAUGAUUGCUAACGCUACCGUACCACGAUUGGUCAGCGUCGCCGCCCAGGCUUUGCAGCGCAGGACGUACUUCUCCGUAACGAGCAGCCUGCCGCAGGUUCGCGUAUCUCUCGCGGAAAAAGCCGCCCAUGGCCUGGCUAUCUUCGGCGGCGUUAUUGCCUACCCGAUCUGGGUCAUUGCUCAUGUCCGUGAGUACAAGGGAGGCAACUAAAUGCUUAGCGAUGGAAGGUUCUAGUGAUAUACCGUAAACCUGAGGGUCCGCAAGAAAAAUUACCCAGCCGUACCGAUACGUCGUGUCCCUCGUGAUGCAAAACAACCUGUUAAGUUUGGUCUCAGUAUGAAUAAAAGCAUGGAAUCUUGCGGAUCGUAA